UGGUCGCUAGGUGUCACUAUUUUACCCAGAAAUGUAUUUCUUUCUUCUUCUCUUUUUGAAUUUUUUUUAUAUAUAUGUAUAUAUAUAUAUAUUUUUUUAAAUUAUAAUUAUUUCUACUAAAAACUGGGGUUGGACUCUAAAAUAAUUUCUAACUUACAUGUAGUUUGUUUCGAUACAUGCUGUACCUGCAAAGUCCUAACCGGAAGUCGCGUGUCUGUGUGCGCGUGAGCUUCACGGUCAUAGUAGGAACCAGCUGUGGUAUUUUGGUCCAGGCGAGUCAACCUCGGUCACGAAAAUGACAACGAGGAAGUCUGGCUCACGACUGGAAACCGAAAUCGAGCGGUGCCGUUCAGAAGGACAGUGGGAUAAGAUCCCGGAGCUGGUGCGCCAGUUGUCGGCCAAACUCAUCUCAAACGAUGACCUUGGUGAGCUGCUGUUGGGAGAAUGCAAACUCCAGACAUACUUGAAGGAGAAUCCUAUCAAGCAGGGUUCCAGUCCCAGAGGUCCACGGCCCAAACUAGUGGAGGUCAGGAAACAUCUCACUGCUGCUCUGGACAGAGGAAACCUUAAGCCGGAUUACCUCCAGGAAGCCAGUCUGUUGAUGGCAAAACUCUGUUACGUUGAAGCAGAAUUCAGAGAUGCUUUAGGUCACUACAGCAGAGUGAACCUGGAUGACAUGCAGCUGGCUAGUGCUCCUGUCUACAGGUUGUCCAUGAUAGCAGAAGCUUAUGCCACCAAAGGUUUGUGUCUGGAGAAGGUCCCCGCCAGCUCUCCUUCUUUAUCCAACAAGAACACCGGCUCUCCAUCAUCCAAUAGAAGCACGACGGACAGGGAGCAGGAAAUCAUCACCUGCUACGAGAAGUCUGGAGACAUAGCUUUGCUUUACCUUCAGGAGGCAGAGAAGGCAUUAUCAGCAGGUAUCCAAAACCGCAGCCCCAAACCUGGACCAACAACCCAAGAACAGGAACUGGGCUACUUCCUGGAGACAGGCCUGCAGAGGGCCCACGUCAUCCACUUUAAAAAUGGCAACCUGACACAAGGCGUGGGCAGAUUUCGAGAGAUUCUUCGGGCCAUUGAGACCAGAACUACCCAGAACCUGCGUAUGACUAUAGCCAGGCAGCUGGCGGAGAUCCUGCUCCGAGGAAUGUGUGAACAGAGUUACUGGUCUCCUCUGGAAGACCCGCCCUCCGUGUCCCCGCUGGACGAUCCCACGCGACAAGGACACACUUACAUCAAGAACUACAGCUUGAGUCGAAGUCCACGAGUGUACUCGGGGGAGAACUUGUUUUGCCCUCAGGAGAACACUGAAGAAGCUUUGCUGCUUCUUCUCAUCAGUGAGUCCAUGGCUAACCGCGAUGCCGUCCUGAGCCGGAUCCCUGAACACAACAACGAUCGGAUCAUCAGCCUCCAGUCGGCCUCUGUAGUGUAUGACCUACUGACUAUAGCUCUGGGCAGAAGGGGGCAGUAUGAGAUGCUGUCGGAGUGUUUGGAGAGAGCCAUGAAGUUUGCCUUUGAGGAGUUCCAUCUCUGGUACCAGCUCGCUCUGUCCCUGAUGGCCGCCGGUAAAUCAGCCCGUGCCGUUAAAGUAUUGAAGGAGUGCAUCCGCCUGAAGCCGGAUGACCCCACCAUCCCGUUGCUCGCCGUCAAGCUGUGCAUCGGACCUUUGCACUGGCUGGAUGAAGGUGAGAUGUUUGGUAAGAUGGUGAUCGACAUGGGAGAGAAAGCUGCUGAAUUUCGAGCCAAAGGUUACUUGGCCAUUGGUCUGGUGUACAGCCUCAAAGCCACUGAUGCCUCAUUGCGGAGCACACAAGAGGAGUAUCAGAGGAAAGCUUUGGGAGCCUUCCAAAGAGCACACGGUCUGUCUCCCACUGACCAUCUUGCAGCCUUCUACUUGGCGCUGCAGCUCGCCGUUUCCAGACAGAUCCCUGAGGCGCUGGGCUACGUCCGACAGGCGCUGCAGCUUCAAGGAGACGACGUCCACUCCCUCCACCUGCUGGCUCUUCUCCUCUCCGCUCAGAAACAUUACCAUGACGCCCUCAACAUCAUAGAAAUGGCUCUGUCCGAGUACCCCGAGAACUUCAAUUUGCUUUACACUAAAGUGAAGCUGGAGGCCAUGUGUCGAGGACCUGAGGAAGCUCUGCUCACCUGUAAACACAUGCUGCAGAUCUGGAAGAGCUUUUACAACCUCACAAACCCCAGUGAUUCGGGGCGCGGCAGCAGUCUGCUGGACAGAGCCAUCGCCGACAGGCGACAGCUCAACGCCAUGACUUUGCCCGACUUCAGUGAUCCUGAAACCGUCUCAGGUUCCUCCUCUUCCCAUUCUGGGUUUGAACCCGUCUCCCCCACCUCCCCAUCCACCGUGUCUGCACUCUCCUCACCCCUGUCGUCUCCUUCUUCCCCCACCUACUUUUUCCAGCCUCUUCCUCUCACCCCUCCGGUCAAAAACCCAUCUUUCCGCCCCCCUCUCCCGUCUUCCCCUUCUUCACCUCCACCCUCCGCUCCACCCACCAAGACCAGGGCUCGGCCCUUUUGCAACCAUGUCAUUCUGCGCCAGCUCUCCUCCAACUGUAAUCUGCCUCCACGUGCUCUCUCCCUGUAGCAUGGUGUGGAGUGUGACCUGAAAAGAAACAAACACUUCUCUUUAGAUUUGCAUGUUUGAGCAGCAAAACGAGACUUAUCACUGACAGAAACGGCAAAAGCAGAGUUACACUUACAUUUCUUCUAACCUGCAUGAGUUCCAAAUAUUGAAAUCUUAAAAUAAAGUAGUUUACUUAAGUGUAAAAAACACAUUGCAUCAGGUGUGUGCUGCUAGGAAAAGAUGGCAACCAAAAAGGAAGAAAAAUUAGCUUUAUUUAAAAAUAAAAUAAAGUUUGUCCUUUCAUUUUUCUGCAUCACUGUUGCUUAUUUUCACCCUAUUUCCAUUCUGAAAAUAAAUGUAUAGGUAUACAGUCUUCUGGAAUAGCAAACAGCUAUGCUACACAUAUAACCAAAAGGAAACAUUAUUUAAACUUGUGAUUUAAAAAUAGAAAAGAACAUAUGAACAAAUGUUCUCGAUGAAUAAAUCAGUGUCAUCAGACUUUUACCAGCUAUAGAUUAGACUGACUCGAUCUUAUUUUUAAAGUUUUUUUUCAGAACCACAGAUCAAUCGUUUUUUCUUUUAUCUGACUUUUCCUUCCGAAUUUGUCUUUCCUAUUUUUGAUUAUCUGUUUUGUAUUGUCCAUCUAAUGUUCUGCCAUUUAAAAAAAACUCACCUCUUCGCUCUUAAUCUCACUUUUUAUGUUUGUUUUUUUUUUUGUUUCAAAUAUUAUUUUUUUCAGGUUUGAGCUCACAACCACAAUCAUUGUGUGAUCACUAAAGUGAAACAUCAUGAAUGUUUACUCUGUUAAUGCAUGGAGUGUUGUGUUUUUUCACUACAGAAGCUUUAGCCUUAAAAUGUAACUGUAAUUUAAGGUAGUUUAAUGUUUGGUUGAAUAAAUAAUUAUUUUUAAAAAGGUUUUAAAAAGUUAUAAUGAAAAUAAGACGAUCCAGAUUUAAUUUUAGACUGCCUACGGCUCUUAUUUUGGCAGACAUGAACUGUUAAUAUCCCAGCCUUUGUGCUUUCAUCUGAUUUCUGGAAUCUUCUGUCCUUCUUGUCUGUUUUUCAUCUUUGAAUCAAUAACAAAAAUCUGUGUUUUUUUUUUAUCCUCCCAUUUUUCUUAAGGCUGCCUUCAGGAUGAUAACACUCUAGGUUUUUCCUCCAUCCUUCCUUCCUUUUCUGUUUGUAAGUAGCCAUCAAAUGUCCAGAAUUUUUCUUUCCCCAUUCGUCUUUUUUUUUUUUUUUUUUGCUCAUUCUUUGUUCCCUCUUCCAUUCUCAUUUUUAAGUCUUUUCAGUGCAGAGAUCACUUGUGUGGAGUGAAGGGCAGACAGGAAUGUUUAUUUGAAUCAUACUUUUUAACCUUUUCUGGAAGCCAAAUCAAUAUUGAACACCAAGCAAGACCAUUUAUAAUUUAUAAAUGAUUUUGAAUAACUGUAGUUACCUUGGAUGAAAAAAGUUACCUUGCUCAGUUUAUUUUACACAGAAAACAAAUAAGAAAAUGCAGUUUAAUGUCUGCCCUUGAAAAGCCAUUAUUAAAAGUUCAAUUAUAAUAUACAGAGAUCUUCUUUUAAAAAAAAAAGUUGGUAAAAUUAUGAACUUUUAAGUGCUAGAAAAAUAUUUAAUUAAUAAAACCACACCUUUUCCAUUUGUUUUAUAAACUAAAGAAUUAUAAAUGACAAUUAACAUUAAUCUAAAAUCAAACACAGUUGAAGUGAGAGCUUACCUCAAAAUAUAACAUCAGUUUUUAUGUUUUAUCCAAUUGGAAAAUUAAGACACCAGGCAAUUUAUUGCCUACCAUUAUUUUGCAGUCACUUUCUUUGUAUUAUGCUACCAAAAAAAAAAGAUCAAUUCAAUUGUUAAAUCUGUAAAAGUGCAAUGUUGGUAAUGAAGUUUUCAAUAAAAUGAGGCUGGUAGGGCAUUCAUUCUUAAGUUAAAAGCAGGUUUUGAUGAAUAGAAACUUGGACGAGCGUCCUUUGGAGUUAAAAUGGGUGAAAAAUCCAUCUUUCAUGUGACAUUAAUCCAACUUUUACAAAAAUGUGUGACUCCAAAACACCUGACAACGAUCUGUGGCUCACUAUCUUCAACAUCUACACUCUGAUUGAACGUCAAAGGAAAAGGAUGGAAGACUAGCUAAAAAUAUCAAAGUUUAUUAGGACUCCUCCCAUAACAAACCAGGAUUCUCUGCUUUCAGUCCUUCUCUGCUGUGAAUUGAGUUACAACUACCUGCAGCAUUAGCAGUGCAACAAGAGAAUUCCUAUCUGCGUUGCAGGUUAAAGCUACAUAAAAAAACAUAAUUCAUAAAAGAUUUGCUCCAAAGAAAAAAGGAAACUUCUAUCAGAUAAAUUCAGGAAAAGUUCUAUUGCAGUUUAUCCUAGUUGGUAAAUCUCUUUGUUUGCUUUUAACAAGCUGAGUGUUGCUGUUCAUCAAGAGCUCUUGCGCUGUGUGGAGUGGUGCGUGCAGCUUGAGGCCUUCUGAAGCUUGUGAUUGCAAAAAAAAAAAA